AGCGUUUCUGUGGCUAGCAAGGUGCUACCGAAGAACCAGCGCAAGAAAAAUCUUUCCUUCUUGGAGUAACUGUCCAUGGGCUGCGAGUAUAUGGAGGUUAAGAUUGUGAGAUUGAACGUGUCUGUGCAUUGCAGGAGCUGAAACAUAACACAGCGGCCGGAUUGGAUUUGAUUCCCUGUCUCCCAUUCCUCCUCGUUUUCCGCACCCCCUUUCCCUCCUCCCAAAGUAACGGCCACCUUCCUUUGCUGGUGAACACAAGGGAGCGAGGGCUAAUGUUCUCAAGCUCAGACAGUCCUCGGGAGGACCUGAUCUACGCCGAGCUGGAGAGGGAGGGAGAGAGAGACAGAUAGCAAGACCGAGGGAAUCAGACACUGUUCAAUGGAAGAUCCAUGCUGGUGGCAAUGCAAGGGGGAGCCACUCUGAGGCUCCUAUCACCAUUGCUCAGCUCUCCAACAAACCCAAGAGCAAGCUCCUUCAGUAACCAGAAAGGGAUUAAACUCAAUGAAGAUGAGGCACAUGGGUUUACAACUCCUGAAGAUUAUAUUAAUACUCGCGUCUCAUGUGGAUUGGGCAAAAGGAAUCUUGAAAAGCACCCCUACCUUGAACAUUGCCGUGAUCCUUGGGGGCACAUCCUGUGAGAUGGACAUCAAAGAUGUUUUGAACAAAGAUGAUUUCCAACAUUUGCCCAUUGAUCCCAAUGUGGUGCAGGUGACCGUAAAUGAGACUGACCCCAAGAGUAUCAUUACACGUGUGUGCGAUCUCAUGUCUGGGAUGAAAAUGCACGGUGUGGUUUUUGGUGAUGACACGGAUCAUGAGUCCAUCGCAGAAAUUUUGGAUUUUAUUUCAGCUCAGACUAUGAUCCCAAUUCUUGGAAUACAUGGUGGUUCCUCGAUGAUAAUGGCUGACAAGGAUGAUUCAUCAAUGUUCUUCCAAUUUGGACCAUCCAUUGAACAGCAGGCCUCAGUGAUGUUGAACGUUAUGGAGGAGUAUGACUGGUAUAUAUUUUCUAUUGUAACAAGCUACUUCCCUGGAUACCAGGAGUUUAUCAAUAAGAUCCGAAGCACCAUUGAAAACAGUUUUGUAGGUUGGGAGAUGGAGGAGGUCAUGUCUCUGGAUGUUUCAAUGGACGAUGGUGAGUCCAAAAUCCAAAACCAAUUGAAGAAGCUUCAGAGCCCUGUCAUCCUCCUUUUUUGCACCAAGGAUGAGGCCACCUAUAUCUUUGAGGUGGCAGAGUCAGUUGGCCUCACUGGCUAUGGCUACAUCUGGAUUGUGCCAAGUACAGUCACAGGGAACACAGAUAUUAUUCUGCCCGAAUUCCCGACAGGAUUAAUUUCCGUUUCUUACGACGAGUGGGAUUAUGGACUCCCAGCCAGGGUGAGGGAUGGAGUGGCCAUUAUCACCACAGCAGCCUCGACAAUGCUGGCUGAACGAAGGGAAAUCAUGGAACCCAAAACCAGCUGCUACAGUGUACAGGAGAGAAGGGCUCAUCAAUCAAACACUUUGCACAGAUACCUUAUGAAUGUAAGCUUCGAGGGAAGAAACCUUUCCUUCAGUGAAGACGGGUACCAGAUGCAUCCCAAAUUAGUUAUUAUCUUACUCAACAAAGAGCGAGUCUGGGAGAAGGUCGGGAAAUGGGAGGCAAAGAGGUUGACCAUGAAGUACCAUGUUUGGCCCCGGUACUACUUGUUCUCAGAAUCGGAGGAGGAGGAUGACCACUUGAGCAUCGUCACGCUGGAGGAAGCGCCGUUUGUCAUCGUGGAGGAUGUCGACUCACUGAGUGGAACGUGCAUGAGAAACACAGUGCCCUGCCGGAAGCAAGUCAAAGCCAUCAACGAGACUGAAGGAGGAAUCUACAUCAAGCGGUGCUGUAAAGGAUUUUGUAUUGACAUUUUGAAGAAAAUUGCAAAGUACGUCAAGUUUACAUAUGAUUUAUAUCUGGUGACAAAUGGAAAACAUGGGAAGAAAAUCAACGGGACAUGGAAUGGCCUGGUUGGAGAAGUGGUAAGGAAGCAGGCACAGAUGGCUGUUGGCUCAUUGACGAUUAAUGAAGAACGAUCGGAGGUGGUGGACUUCUCAGUCCCUUUUAUAGAGACUGGAAUCAGUGUAAUGGUGUCACGGAGCAAUGGAACUGUGUCACCGUCUGCGUUUCUGGAGCCAUUCAGUGCAGAUGUCUGGGUGAUGAUGUUCGUAAUGCUUCUGAUUGUCUCUGCUGUCGCAGUGUUCGUCUUUGAGUACUUCAGCCCUGUGGGAUACAACCGGUGUCUGGCUGAUGGAAGGGAACCAGGAGGGCCUUCUUUCACCAUCGGCAAAGCCAUCUGGCUGCUCUGGGGCCUUGUUUUCAACAACUCGGUGCCAGUCCAGAAUCCAAAGGGAACCACGAGCAAGAUUAUGGUGUCGGUUUGGGCCUUCUUCGCUGUGAUCUUCUUGGCCAGUUACACAGCCAACCUUGCUGCAUUUAUGAUCCAAGAGGAAUAUGUGGACCAAGUGUCAGGCCUCAGCGAUAAGAAGUUUCAAAGACCAAAUGAUUUUUCUCCUCCUUUCCGGUUUGGGACUGUUCCCAAUGGAAGCACCGAGAGAAACAUCCGGAACAAUUACUUUGAAAUGCACAGCUAUAUGACUAAGUACAACCAGAAGUCGGUGCUGGAUGCAUUAAUAAGCUUGAAGGCAGGGAAGCUGGAUGCUUUUAUCUAUGAUGCGGCUGUGCUGAAUUACAUGGCGGGGAGAGAUGAAGGCUGCAAGCUUGUGACGAUCGGCAGUGGCAAGGUAUUCGCAACCACUGGCUACGGCAUCGCCAUCCAGAAAAGCAGUGGCUGGAAACGUCCAGUAGACCUUGCCAUCCUGCAGUUAUUUGGUGACGGAGAUAUGGAGGAGCUGGAAGCCCUCUGGCUGACUGGCAUCUGCCACAAUGAGAAGAACGAGGUGAUGAGCAGCCAGCUGGAUGUCGAUAAUAUGGCGGGCGUGUUCUACAUGUUGGGUGCUGCAAUGACACUGAGUCUCCUCACAUUCAUCUGCGAGCACCUCUUCUACUGGCAGCUGCGGCAUUGCUUCAUGGGCGUCUGCACUGGCAAACCAGGUGUCAUGUUUUCAGUCAGCAGGGGUAUAUAUAGCUGCAUCCAUGGCGUCCCCAUCGAGGAUAACAAGUCUUGCAUGGAGUCCCCCACCGCCACCGUGAACGACACCCACUCCAACAUCAUGCGGCUGUUGCGGACAGCCAAGAGCAUGGCCAACCUGACCGGGGUCAACGGCACGCACUUCGGCUCCCCCCAGAGCGCCCUCGAUUUCAUCGGGCGGGACCCCUCGGUCUUCGACGUCUCCGAGCACCGGCGGAGCUUCACCCACUCCGACUGCAAAUCCUACCAGCCCGACGACAACCUCUUCAGCGACUACAUCAGCGAGGUGGAGAGGACGUUUGGCAACCUCCACGCCAAGGACACCAACAGCAUCUACCAGGACCACUACCACCAUCACCGGCCGCACAGCAUCGCCAGCACCAGCUCGCUGGACAUCCCGUACGAGUGCGACAACGCUAUGUUUGGCACCCAGGGCCGGGGCCUGGCGAGGAAACCCUUCGAGAUCGGCCUGCCCCUGAAGCACGCCCAGGGGCCGCUCAGCGACAGCUAUGAGAGCCACAAGUACCUGUUCAAGAACGACCGCUACGCCCACGACGACCUGAUCCGCUCGGACGUCUCGGACAUCUCCACGCACACGGUGACCUACGGCAACAUCGGUAACACCAAGCGGCGCAAGCAGUACAAGGACAGCCUGAAGAAGCGGCCGGCGUCGGCCAAGUCGCGGAAGGAGUUCGACGAGAUCGAGCUGGCGUACCGCCGCAAGGCGCACACCUCGGACCGGAAGGCGCGCUUCUUCAACAAGGACAAGCUGCGCGACUUCUACCGCGACCAGUUCCGGUGCAAGGAGAACGCCGCCUCGCGCUGGGAGCACGUGGACCUCAGCGACCUCUACCAGGCUCACGACGACGACUUCGGCAAGCACGAGGGGCCGGGCUCGCGCCUGAGCCGGCCCCGCCCCGUGCACGUGGGCGAGUUCGCGCCAUCCGCCAAGGCCAACCUGCACGCGUCGACGGUCGGCCUGUGGGACAAGAGCGCCGGCGGGGUGCCGGACUGGGGCGACGAGCGCCAGGCCGACAGCUACUGCCACAACUGCCCCAGCAAGCUGCACAACUACGGCGGCCAGAACGCCAACCGCGGCGGGCCGUGCCUGUGGUGCGAGGCGUGCAAGAAGACCGCCACCCUGUACGACAUCAGCGAGGACAACUCGCUGCAGGACGUGGACCAGGCCCUGGUGCCGGGCUCCGGCCUCUCCAAGUACCACCAGAGCCCCACCGACUCCACCAAGCUGCAGCGGCGCAACCGCGGUAAGCUGCGGCGCCAGCACUCGUAUGACACCUUCGUGGAGCUGCAGAAGGAGGACAGCGUGGCCAUCGCCCCGAGGAGCGUCAGCCUCAAGGAGAAGGACCGCUUCCUGGAGGGCAGCCCCUACGCCCACAUGUUCGAAGCGACUCCGGAGCCGGCCUUCGUCGGCAAGGCCGCCGUCCCGGAACGCCACAACCUGAGCCGCUACACCCUGAGCAAAUCCCUGUACCCCGACCGGGUCACCCAGAACCCCUUCAUCCCCACCUUCGGCGAUGACCAGUGCCUGCUCCACGGCAGCAAGUCGCACUUCUUCAAGCACCCGGCCGCUUCCAAGGCCCGCCUCGACUUCCACCCAUCGGCCAAGGCCGCAUCGUCCAUGUUCAACGCCAUCCCGGCCAGGUUUCAGAAGGAAAUGUGCACAGGAAGCCAGCCGACGGUGUGUGUGGCAAAUAACAAGACUCCCAGGGCUUUCAACGGGUCCACCAACGGACACGUAUAUGAGAAACUCUCCAGUAUUGAGUCCGAUGUCUGAGGUCGGAGUCACUCCUGCUUAUCGGGGGGAGGGGGGGAGCUGUCAUUUAGGAGAUCCCCAUUUGGACGACGUACUGGAGUUCCGGAUGGACCUGCUUCGUUUUCUAUUUUUUAAGUUUUUGAUCUUCAUGCAAA